AUGACCUCAUCCUCCCCCACGCAAACAUCCAUCCACCGCACCUGGUGGAAAGAAUCCACCGUCUACCAAAUCUACCCAUCCUCCUUCUUCGACUCCGACGCCGACGGUCUCGGCGACAUCCCCGGUAUCAUCUCCAAGCUGGACUACAUAGCCGCGCUUGGUAUCGACGUCGUUUGGUUAUGUCCGGUGUAUAAAUCCCCACAGGUCGAUAUGGGCUAUGAUAUCUCGGAUUAUAGGGAUAUUCAUGAGCCGUAUGGGACGUUAAAGGAUGUUGAUGAGCUGAUUAAGGGAUUUAAGGAGAGGGGGAUGAAGCUGGUGAUGGAUUUGGUGGUUAAUCAUACGAGUGAUCAGCAUGAGUGGUUCAAGGAGUCGAAGAAGGGGAAGGAUAAUCCGUAUAGGGAUUAUUAUAUUUGGAGGAAGGGAAAGACUCUUGAGGAUGGAACAAAAGCACCGCCGAAUAAUUGGGGUGCGAUUUGGGGAGGGAGUGCGUGGGUGUAUGAUGAGCCGUCAGAUGAGUAUUACCUUCAUAUUUUUGCGCCCGAGCAGCCUGAUCUGAAUUGGGAGCAUCCUUCUGUUCGGGAUGCAGUUUAUGACAUUAUGACAUUUUGGCUUGAUAAAGGCGUGGAUGGGUUUAGAAUGGAUGUCAUCAAUUUCAUCAGUAAAGUACCUGGUCUACCCGAUGCACCAAUUACCCGCAAAGACCAGGAAUUCCAACCUGGAAACAAAUUCUACGCAUGCGGUCCACGACUUCAUGAAUGGCUCAAGGAAAUUGGACAAAUUCUUAAAAAGUAUAAUGCAUUUUCGGUCGGGGAAAUGCCAGCUGUUCACGACCCCAAAGAACUCAUCAAGGCAGUUGGUCAAGAUCGUGGAGAAUUAAACAUGAUAUUCCACUUCGAAAUCGUCGACAUGGACCAAGGUCCCCGCGGCAAGUUCUCACCCAAAGAAUGGGAUCUCCCAAUCCUCAAAACCAUCGUCAACAAAUGGCAACGUUUCAUGAUCGACAACAAAGGCUGGAACGCCCUGUACCUCGAAAACCACGACCAAGGCCGCUCCGUCUCACGCUGGGGCUCAGAUGCACCUGAACACCGCGUGUACUGCGCAAAGAUGUUUGCCACGUUCCUUGCGCUGCAGAGUGGCACCGUGUUCGUGUAUCAAGGUCAGGAAUUAGGCAUGAUAAACGUCCCUAAAGAUCGAGACAUCAGUCUCUACAAAGACUUGGAAACGCUGAACUACUGGAAUGAAAUCAAAGAAAAAUAUCCCAACGACAAAGAAUUACAAGCCCUCACCCUCUCCGAAAUCCAAAAGAAAUCCCGCGACAACGCGCGCACACCUAUGCAAUGGACCCCCCAAAAAUACGCCGGUUUCUCCACCGUCGAGCCCUGGCAGAAGGAAAAUGAAUCGUACGCCGAGAUUAACGCGGAAGCGCAGGUUGGAGUCAAGGACAGUGUUUUUGAGUAUUGGGCGAGCGUGUUGAGGGUUAGGAAGGAGUGGCGGGAUGUGUUUGUGUAUGGGGAUUUUAGGUUGGUGGAUGAGGGGGGGAAGGAGGUUUUUGCGUAUGUGAGGGAGGGUGGGGGGAGGCGGGCGUUAGUGGUUUGUGCGUUUGUAGGGAGGGAGGUGGAGUGGAGUGUGCCUGAGGAGAUGAGGGUGGAUGCGAAGGAGGUGGUUUUGAGUAAUUAUGGGGGUGUGAGGGUUGAGGGGGGGAAGGUGGUUUUGAGGCCUUGGGAGGGUUUUGGCUUGAAAGAGGUGGAUUACUAG